CCAUAAUCUCACAAGUGGAUGUUCUUGCUAUCUCCCACCAAUUGCACUCACUUCGAUCACUGCCCUUUCUAGUCUCCAUGACGCACUCCUUGAAGUAGUCCCUGAAGUUUCAUCCAAUCGAUGCAUGGCCACUAGCGAUUAACUCAGGCGGGCGUUCGCCUUGGCUUCGAUUUCUCCCCUGCAACCCCCCUCCCCCAUGGUAGUGAGGGAGCACAUUUUCUCUAUCUUCACCUUCUUUCGUUAACUCCUUUAAUCGUGCAGGCUGGCAGCGCCUCCUUUAAUCUACACAAUAAUCAUACAGUCCCUCGUUCACCCCCUCUGCAUGCCUUGAAAACUCACGUAUGCCCCAAUUUAUCCCUGGCAACACCAGCAACAACAACACCACCGGCCUCGAGCGGCGCCUGGGGGACCCGAACGUCGAGGAGUAUGUGUUCCCGAUCCUCAUCGCUCUGGCGUGGUGCAACGCCCUGGAGCUGCUCGUGCUGUGCUUCAACACCUUCAAGCGGUACACGGGCUCCUACUUCUGGAGCCUCCUGAUCGCCUCCGUGAGCAUCCUACCCUUCGGGCUGGGCUACCUGCUCAAGAUGUUCGACAUCACCGCCACGCACUUCUACCUGGAGAUCGCCAUCUCCGACCUUGGCUGGGCCGGCAUGGUCACGGGCCAGUCGCUAGUGCUAUGGUCGCGGCUGCACCUGGUCGUGCACAACCGGCGCCUGCUGCGCGCGCUGUUCAGGCUGAUCGUCGUCGACGGCGUGCUGCUGCACACCUGCGCCACCGCCCUGGAGUUCGCGACCAACGCCCUCCCCAGCUCUCCGGCCGUCUCGCUCGGGUUCGGCAUCAUCGAACGCAUCCAGGUCACCUGGUUCUGCGUCCAGGAGCUGCUUCUCUCCGGUGUGUACAUUGUCGCGACCGCCCGCCUGCUCCGCCUCGACCGCGGCAGCCCCUCGUCGCGUGCCCUCCUCUCCCAGCUCCUGCUCGUCAACGUCGUCAUCGUGUUCUUGGACCUCGCCGUCGUCGCCAUCCAGUGGGCCGGCUUCUUCACCUUCCAGGUCACCUUCAAGGCCCUCGCCUACAGCAUCAAGCUGAAGCUCGAGUAUAUCAUUCUGGGGAGGCUCGUCGACGUCGCUCACAUCCGGACGCAGGGCGCCGGGCCCCGGUUUCGCAUAUGAACCAAUCGGCCUGCCCAAAAGGCAUCGGGCCGGGCGUACGUAUGAGUUUCUAAAGUACAUUUUGCUAUGUAUAUAAUUUCCACCCCUUUCAGCCCUGUACAUCCCAUAGAGAACAUAUUCUCCGAUGAUUAGAUUCCUCGGAUUUCAGAGGGGUGCGAUGACUAUGACGCGCUACAUUCUCAACCCACCACACCGGUACGAAUUCGUAACUAUCCACCUCCGACCCACAUAGCCAACCGCACAUGGGGGAACUGGAACCCGCGGGGUAGAAUCUCCCCAUUUCGACCCGUGCGUUUAAGCACAGCGUCAUCCCGACCCUUCCGCUCCAACCUUCCUUCUCCUCAAAACCCUUGCGGAAAGUGGGUAUACCUGCCCGCAGUGAGUCGCUAGCAAUUCAUUGCUCCCUGUGUCACUCCUCCCUCACCAGCCCAGUCA